CGCAGGCGAGGAGACAGCACAGACCAUUGCAACAGCCACCGGUCAAUCUCAAGCGCCGGGCUCGCCAUGGGUGCCACGUGCUGCUCCCUCUGCCGCCGCUGCUGCUGCUGCUGCACGGGGAGAGGCGAGGAGGGGAGGAGGUCGGAGGGAGACGGCGCCACGACCGAGAAGGAGAAAAGCAGCGAGAAGCAGCAGCAGCAGCAUGUCUACUACAACGAAACCUUUGACAACAUCUACGAAGACUUCCCGGUGCCACGGUCACCCACGCCGACGCCGCCGCCGCCGCCGCCGCCGCCCAUGCCCGAGCGCCGUCGUCACGUGGCGCUGCGAGACUUCGAGUCGCCCGAGUCGAACGUGCUGAGCGUGGCCGAGGGCGCCCUGGUCGAGGUUCUGGACUGCGACGUCGCUGCCGGGUGGUGGUGGUGCAGGACAGGUGGUGGCGCCGGCGGGGAGACGGAGCGAGAUGGAUUCCUGCCAACGUCGCUUGUGGCUCCCAUCGACAGCGUCGAGGCGCAGGAUUGGUACUUUGGGACGCUGUCUCGGUUCGAGAGCAGCUCGCGGCUGCUGCGAAACCCCGUGGGAACCUUCCUGGUUCGAGACGGGGGCAUGGGUCAAGAGCACACGCACGUGUACACACUGUCUGUGCUGGUGGCGCCCGGCGAGGUGAAGAACUACCGCGUGCACCGGUCGGCCGAGGGCUUCUACAUCAGGCGCGGCAAGGCGUACCCCAGCGUGCAGGAGCUGCUGCUGCACUACCACGCGCGCGACGGCAAGCAGCUGCCCGUGCUCACGCAGCCCUGCGCCAAGGAGGUGCAGUCUGACGUGAUGUCUCCGCACCCCAAGUGGGCCGAGUGCUGGAAGGUGAACCCGUCACACCUGCAUCGCGUGCGGACACUCGGCAAGGGCCAGAGCGGCGAGGUGUGGAAGGGCGUCUACCAGGAGCGCUACCACGUGGCCGUCAAGACCCUCCACCCCGGCCUGCCGGUGGAGGAGCUGCACAGGGAGGCGCAGAUCAUGAAGACGCUGUCGCACGAGAACCUGCUGCGCCUGUACGCAGUGUGCGUGCACGAGGGCCGCGUCUCGCUCAUCACGGAGCUCAUGCGCGGAGACCUGCAGGCCUUUUUGCGCAGUGAGGAAGGCCGUGGGCUGCACCUGUGCGAGCUGCUGCACCUGGGCGCACAGGUGUCGAGCGGGAUGGAGUACCUGGCGGAGCGGGGGUUCGUGCACCGUGACCUCGCCGCGAGGAACGUGCUCGUCGACGCUUCGCUGCGCUGCUGCAUCGGCGACUUCUCGCUCGCUCUCGCACACACCCAGAGCUCGCCGAUGGUGAAGAUCCCCACGCGCUGGACGGCCCCAGAGGGCCUCACCGGCCAAUGCUUCACCACCAAGUCUGACGUGUGGUCUUUCGGCGUGCUACUUUACGAGAUCUUCACCUUCGGACGGCGUCCCUACUCACACAUUCGUAACAACCGGGACGUGCAGGUGGCCGUGCUGUCCGGGUACCGCCUCCCGCAGCCGGCGCGGUGCCCCCCGCCCGUCUACGCCACCAUGGUGGAGUGCUGGAGCGAGUGCGAGGAGGCGAGGCCGUGCUUCUCGGUGCUGCGGGAGCGCCUGCAAGCACUCCUGCGGCUGGAGCAGGACAACGAGGAGUGACCUCCUGCGCCCCCCCCCCCCCCCCCACCGCGAACCUCUGUGAAGCGGACGGAGAAUAUUGCGACUGACGUGAGAGAACUAGCGGAGAGGAAGACCGUAGGGGCACGUGACCUCCCGCUCCAGUUUUCGCUCCUCUCUUCGUAGCCCACCAUCCGGGCCCCUCUAUCCAGCCCACGCACAGUAGGCGGCCGGUGUAGUUGCACCGUCUGCACGCUUGACAGCCGCGCCACCGAUGAUAGUGGAGCCACAGGCUCCCGUAGACAGCGGCGGUGCUGCGUGGCUGGCAAAGGCAUGCUGCAAGGAAUGACAAAUUCCCCCCACCCCCCCAGGGUGGUGCACUGCUCGCUGUGAGCAUUCACAAUGGGAAUUUCUUCAUCCUGACUCAGGUUUAGUGGGAGUCUUUAGUUUUUGUCCAGUCGCCAAAGACUGCACAACAAAAACAUGACAUAUUUGAGAUUUUCCCCUUUUUUUCUGGCAACAAAACAGCUGUGUUAAGUUGUUAAAACACCAAACUGAAACCUUUUACAAGGAAUCAUGUCUGCAAUAACCACAAUACUUGUGGUCAGAAUGCAAACAAAAAACGUACUCGGAUAAUAUAUUAUAGAUAUGUUCAGAGUAUGAUGACAUAUUUGGUUAAACUCUCUUAAAUUUGUAUCAUUCCAGCUCUGAGAAUUAACAAACGUGUAUAUAUAUUUGUUUUCAUUGCCAUGCAAUGUAUAUAUAUUUGUUUAAAUUGGUUUGAUGUGACCAAAUCACCCAGAAGAUGCCUGGUCUCAGCAGAUCUUACGCUAAGCAGGUUUGAGCCUGGGUUAGUGCUUGGAUGGGUGACAACCACGCAUAAAAGGGUGUUAUAGGCUGCUUUGAGGCUGCUUUGAGGCUGCAUUGUGAGAUGCAGAGGACAGGAGUGCAGAAAAAUACAUUGUACUGUACUAUGCUCCCGUGGUCUAUGGUCCCAGCUCUUCAACCAACUAAACCAGAAUGGUAAAGUAUGGUCAAAUAACCUCUGUGACCUCUGUGACCUCUGUGACCUGCGUGCCGUUGGGAGACCCUCACACAGCAGUGGAUUGACACAUUUUUUCUACACGAGGAGUUGUUGUAUCAUGUAUAACCUCAGGUUGUCUUUUAUGUUUUUUUUUCUAUUUAUACUCCUACGUUGUGUAUAUAAGUUCUGGUAAAAUAUGUACCGUAUACGAGACCCGUUCGUAAGUGGAACGGUUCGUAAGUGGAGUCGGAGCACAAUAAUGUACUGUAUAUAAAUGCACAAUACGGUCAGUGUUAUAAAAUGUGCCGAGCUUAAACCAAAAACUCGCGAUUAAGAAGAAAUGUGCAUUUGCAUUUGACGCCGUAAAUAGUUUCUGCGGUUCGGUUCGCAAGUGCGAGUUGGCACUCGCAAGUCGGAUGGUUAAUAAGUAUAACCCGUAAAAACUAAGUUUUUCACUAUAAAUCCUUUAUAUGCGUGGCGGCUAGAGUCCUCUCGUCCUCUGGCUUGAGAUGGCUGCCACCUAUGGGUCAGAUGAUUGUCUGCCAGUAUUAAGCAAUUGGUAAUUAAAUAUUUAAUUUGUUUUCCCUAAACAGUGUAAAAUUUUGGAGAAAAAAAAUUUCACGAACAUUAAUUGUCUCGCACAACGAGUCUCUGUGCAAAAUGUCAGCUCGAUUGGAUCACGGGAAGUGGGUUAAAAAACGACCGAAAGAUUUGCACGGUCGUAAGCAAGCACAAAAGCACGCAAGCAAGCAAGCGAACUUAAUAUAAAGGAUUUAAAAAUAUAUAUCUCACGGAAGCUCGUUCGUAAGUGCGGAUUGUUCGUAAGUCAGGCGUUCAUAAGUCGGGAGGGACUGCCUGUACAUCAACUAACAAGCUUUCACAUAUUCUUAGGUUUUUUCGGUAAAGUCACGUAUAUAUACAAGGACUGUUUUCUUGGAAUUUCUCUCACUUGAUACAGCUAUCGUGCUGUGACGGUUCCACCUGAAGACGGAAGCUUGUGUUGCCUCCGAAACGUCGUGAUUUUUAUUUUAUUUUUAUUUAACUUUUACUUUUAAUAUAAAAAAUUUUUACCUACGUGACUUUACCGAAAAAACCUACGAAUAUGAAUCCUUGCAGUCACGAAAGCUUCAAAUCUAGAAGCUUUCACAUGACCGACCUCAUGUACGCGUGCAGCACUGCGUGUGAGUGCAGUGGUUGGCGUCGUGGUUAGCACGCUUCGCAACGAAGCCGGCGACCUGAGUUCGAGUUUCCUAGCCACGGCUAACAUCAGUGGCGAGUGAUGUCUGAACCGGCCCUGGGACCUCCUCUGCCCACUUCAGCAAAACCAGCACUGAUCAGCGUGGCCAAGGAUGAACUUUUUUCGCACUAUACGGAGCCAACCAUGACCAACACAUUGGUAUGGGAAGGCCUUCAUCCAGCAGUGGAUUGACAGGGAACUGUAAGGUGUGUUACUAUGUCCACUGUGAUUUCUAUCGUCAUAUAAUUUCUGUUCAGUAAAAAUAAAAUAUCAAGUAAAAUAUCAAGUAAAUGUACUUUACACAAACAAUGCUAUACAUUCGUAAAUAAACUGAUAUUUUAAGUGUAAUGAGGUUUCUUUUAUUGCACGUAGCGUAGCUUAGGACCCCGUCGUCAUGAGAUAAUGCCGACGUGGAGAUCGUGUGACCGAGCAGACAGGGACGACGUGAAGACAGCGACGACGGUCCGAGUCCCUCUCGACAGCCCCGAACUUCCCUUCUUGCCCUGCUUUUAUCCUCGUGGAUUCUCCAGGGGUAAUUUCCCCAGCCGUCUCUUUUGGAUACUCUGGGGAAUUCCCCAACCAAGACCCUCCAGACUUGCUGGCGCCUUCUCUUUGCAUCCAGCCUCGCUGACGCCCUGUCUU